UUCAGCGUACUUCAACAUGUUGUUUUCAUUGAAUACUAGUAGUAGAGUAUCAUCUUGAGAACUGUAAGUGGAGCCCUCACUAACAAAGUUAAUAUUACUGACAUUAUCAACCUAGCUACUUUGCUGGGCUGGAAAAAAAUGUCAAGAAUUUGUCUAGUGAUUGCAAUUGCUAGCUGUGGGGGGUGUUGAUUGUGUAGUCAUCUUGUGUAGUAUGAGAGGAGGACAGGGAAGGAGAACUGCAAUCUUCCAGAGGCUAGCUGGCUGUGUAUAGGACUGUCAUUUCGCAGCAGGCCUUACAACACAGGCCUUACAACACAGGCCUGUGGUGUCAUCUGACUGACAGGAAAGAAGGUGGUAUUUGAAGUGAAGAGAAAAUGGAAACACUGGACUAAAAAUGGCAGGUUAGCCGUAUGAUCCGACGUCAUCAUCUGUGGAUCAAUAUUGGCUGUGCUUGGAGAACUAAUCGGAGCAAGUCGCCACUGCUACUACGACUGUGACUGUCCUUGUGUAGCAGCCAGUGUGCAGUCAGUCAGUGCUUGCUGCUGUUGGUGAGGGAGGAGGUUGUGGCAGUGCCUGAACAGUCGCUGGGAGUACCUGGAUAGCAGGCAACAUCUACACUCAACAUGUCCUCCUCUCAUAAACACUGUUAUGCCUCACUCACCAGCCCAUCCAUGACAGAUGCCAUAAACCUACACAACUACUCAGCACUGAAACUGUCAGUCCUUGUUGCCGAGUUUGCCCAGCAGAUGGCAGCAGCACACGAACACUUCUCCAAAGAGAUUCAGUCUGUUAUUGCCACAUUCCGAAGACGCAACUAUGAUCUCAACAAAGAGAGGCCAGUCGAACAACCCAGCACAAUCUUCAAGGCUUGGGAAUGCCUCCUGCAGGAAUCAGAGAUGGAUGCACAAGCUCACCUUGAUGCAGCAAGCCUGUUGAUCAAGAAUGUUUACAAACCAUUAGAGAUGGUUGCAUCCUACAAGAGCAGCCAGGCACAGAAGCUCUGCUCUUUCAGGGAUAAUUUUGAAAACAUCCUAAGCAAGUCAGAAAAUAGCCUACAACAGGCGGAGCGUGGCUACUACGACACAUACGAGACAUUCAGUGGCUGUACCAGUGUGCAAGGGAGAGAAGCAGCCAAGAAAGAAAUGUACAAUGCUCACAAUGACUACGUCCUUCAACUGAGGGCUUCCAACAAAAUUGUUGACGAGUUCCAUGAAGUAAUUCCACAAGUAUUGGAGGAACUAGAGGAAAUUUACAUUGACACCAGUAACACUAUCAAUGUAGCCAUAGAAAGUCAUGCCCUCUUGCUACUCACCAAGGCCAAAGAACAACAUAGAAGAUAUGAUGAUCUACUAAAGAUCUGUCGCCAAGUAAGCCCUCAUGUGGAUAUAUCCCAUUUUGUCAAAACAAUGUGUCAGGAGCAAGGAGCACCCAAUACAUACAUUCACCACUUCCAACCAGCAGACCUGUCAGUCUCUACCACUGAGGUAGCAAUGAAGAAUCAACUGAUAAUUGAUGGGUACACAGAGCCAAUUAUGAACCACAAGAGAAAAGAGCUCCAGAGAGAGGCUGUGGAACUAGCAUCUUUCAUCAAGCGCAGUCAAGAUGUCACCACCUCACUGAUCAGUAUAUGUCAAAGAAACUUAGCAAACCACAUGUAUGCCAAAGUGUAUGAAACUCAAGAGGACUUGUGCCAUAAACGUAAUGAAAUCCGGGUAGCGAACAUGCAGCUUGCUGGAGUUCGAGCACAGAUGGACAUGGUGAUGCCGAAGCAGAACGGGUCGGUUGUGGAGGGAGUUGACCAGCAAGAGGAAGAGUCUGAUAUGAAACACUCGCAGUCAUCGUCGGCUAUCAAGGGCAUGUGGAAAAAAGCAUUCAAAAACCUCAAGAGCAACGAAAAACAAACAUCAUUGAAGGGAAGUCUGAGAAGGAAAGAUUCAAAGGACCAGGAGGAGGAAGAGUCUGAGGAGAGAGAUGAGAUUGAUCCUGUGUACAGUUUGUUGAAAUGUGCUGCCGAUCUGCCCAAGGCUUCCAAAGUGUGCGGUAUUCAUUCACAAUGUAGCGGUCACCACAGCAAGCAUGGCGGACAUGGGGAUAGCAGUGCCAGCACCUCCAAGACCUCCAGUCCUUCUUCUUCAGCUAGUCACAGUCCCAAAACAAGAAGGAAGAAACUGAAUGCUCGGAUGAAGAGUUUUUCACUCGACACGCCAGACCCACCAAAACAGUUACUGGGCAUAGAUGAGACGACAAAGAAGAAGAGCAGUUCCUUUACUAACACUUGUUUUGGAGGUACAACAGUCACAUCUCCCAACAGUCCAGUUGACACAAUGACAAGCGCCUCAUACAGAAAGAAGCUUGGGUUCAGUCAUCGCUCCAGCUCUCUGGAGAUUGAGGAACGAAAACAUCGAAGUCAUACUCCUUCCCCACUCCAGUCUCCGAAAUCAAAGAGAAAAGACACAGACGUGUAUGUGGUGCUAUAUAACUUCAAAGGAAAGGAAAAAGAUGACAUGGAUCUUAGGGCAGGAUGGAAAGUGAAUCUCAUCAACAGUUCAGAUCCCGACUGGUGGAAGGGUCGGUGCAAUGGGAAAGUGGGCUAUUUUCCAGCAACAUAUGUACAACGUCUCGUGCCUGGGCAGAGGGUCUUCCAAGUGACACACACUAUGAACUUAAGUGAAGGAGACAAUGGAAUGAGACUUCAUAAAGACCAGAUUGUUGUGCAAGUUGGGGAAGAAGUCAAUGGCAUGAUUCAUGUGCAAGCUCCAAACAAGAAGCAGGCAAUGUGUCCGAUGAAGUAUCUACAGGAACUCUGAUGCUACACAGCCAGUAUGGCACUCAGGACAAUUACCGAUCGUAUUCCACAACUUGCCAACUUCACAAAGCAAACUUCCAGAUCUGCAGGACUGUGUUGCACCAAAAGAUAUAUGCAGGUCUUGUAGUGAUGCUUCUAUAGUAGGGAGCAACCAUACAACGAGCUGGGUGUGCAUCUUGUACAGCUAGACUGUCUGUCUCCUGAUAGAUAUACUCCAACACUGAACACACCAGCAUUCCACAGGGCAGGUGGUUUAUGUAACUACAUACCCGAUAGUUCAAAUAAUCAUUAAUUUAUCUACUUUAGAAGGAAGUAGCUGUAUAAACUUUCCGAUUUCAACCGUGUCACCUGUGUCUUUCUUUAUGAUAACGCCAGUGCUCAUCACUUCGUUAUGGUCAGUGCUUAGACACUGGCUUCAUAGUGAUCUCAUGUGCCCACUCAUCCCUGUGUCCACACUUCACACUGUGCCUAAGGGCAUAUGUACCUGACACCUGUACAAGGGAUUCUCAAUGUAAUUGCACAACCAGUGUAAUGUUCAGUUUUUACAGCCUCAUAUAGAUAGAAUCCAGUGUAUGCUUGUUAUGUGUUUUCAUCACUGGAAAUUUGUUAUAAGAUCAGCAUACAACAGACCGGAGUAAUGUGUACCCAUGUGUUGGCAAGUAUAUACAGAUUACAGAGAUAAGUGUUGGGAUCUGCAUGGCCUGAGCCACACCAAUGUGAAUGUAUGUGUCAGAUCUAUGAGAUGACCCCCCCAGCAUUGUGUACAUGGGAUUUGCAUGUGUGUGUUGGAAUAUGCAUAAGAGUGCUUCUCAAUGAUUCACAAAGUUCAGCAGGUCUGAACUGUUUGGAAAGUCAUUAUGUUGAGAUGCAUUCCUUACUGAGGAAGAGGAUUUAUGGAUGUCAACUUCUUUAUUAUGAGGAACACAAUGUUUCGGUGUAUAUACUUACGCCUUCAUCCUGAUGGUAAGUAUAUACUCCGAAACGUUGUGUUCCUCAUCAUAAAGAAGUUGACAUCCAUACAGGAUACAUCUCUUCUUAUGUGUAUCACUUCUAAAUGCCUUUCAAUGACAUUCCUUACUGGUUCCACGCUUUUGUAGCUACAUGUAUUUCACCUGCAGUCUGUUUUUAAGUGUUAUUUAAUUGACACUAACUGGAUAUACCCAUUUACUUAAGUGUUAGUUAGUUGACACCACUUAUGUGGAUAUACCCACUUACUUAAGUGUUAUUUACUUGACACUACUUAUCUGGAUAUACCCACCUACUUAAGUGUUAUUUACUUGACACUACUUAUCUGGAUAUACCCACCUACUUAAGUGUUAUUGAAUUGACACUACUUAUGUGGAUAUACCCACUUACUUCAGUGUUAUUUAAUUGACACUACUUAAUUGGAUAUACCCACUUAAGUGUUAUUUAA